AUCAUCAUCAUCAUCAUCAGCUUCUGCAUGGUCCACCACCGCCGCCACCGUCAGCUGCAUCCCCCAUCAUAGGUAGCAUCCCCCUUCACCACCACCCGCCCACCAGCUUCUUCAACAUCCAAUCCCCCGCCAUGGCCUCCAAAAAGACAAAGGCCGCCCCCGCCGCCGCCGACGACAACCUCGACGAGCUCUUCUCAGGCAUCGGCGGCGACGACUCCAAGGCCAAGAACAAGCCCCCGAAGAAGCCCACCUCGGCCGCCGCAAAGGCCAUUGGCAACAACGACGACAUCCUCGCCGACCUCGAGUCCGAGCUGGCCCCCCAGCCCGCCUCCCGCCCGCACACGCCCCGGCUCAAGGAGGCCAUUGCCCGCCGCUCGACGGCGACUCCCCCCAUUGGCGACGACAGCAACAGCAAGUCUGUAGCUGCGGCGCGCAAGUCCACCGACAGCUCGCGGAGCCUCAAGGCCAGCUUCACGCCCAGCGCCACGAGCUCCGAGCUCCACGAUGCCGAGAGGCGAGGGCCCGUCGAGCAGGCGCAGCAGCAGCAGCAGCAGCAGUCCGGAGGCGGCUGGUGGGGGGGCAUCCUCUCGACGGCGACCGGCGUCAUGAAGCAGGCCGAGGCUGCGUACAACCAGAUCCAGCAGAACGAGGAGGCCCAGAAGUGGGCUGAGCAGGUCAAGGGCUUGCGGAGCAACCUCGACGUCAACACGCUCAAGAGCUAUGGCGACGAGCUUCGCAACCGCGCUCUGCCGACGCUGUCCAACAUCAUCAACACCAUUGCUCCGCCCAUCGGCUCUCACGAGCGCCUCCUCAUCCACAUCACGCACGACCUGGUCGGCUACCCGUCCCUCGACCCCCUCAUCUACGACGUCUUCUCCGACGUCAUGCAGCAGGUCGAGGGCGGCGAGCUCAAGGUCGUCCAGAGAGGCCACGACAGCGGCUCCUCGCGCCCUCACGACAACACCGCCGGCUGGGACGACGGUCCCUGGUGGAGACAGGUCGACCAACCCCGCGAGCUGGGCGUCGUCAAGGGGCUCGUCGAGGGCACCAAGCUCUGCCGCGUCAAUGCGGAGUCGUACGCGACCGAGUACUUUGCUUCCCAGGGCGGCAUCGAGGCCGUCAAGACAAAGGCCAGGUCGGGUGUCGUCGAGCCAGGCUCCGUCCGGACGUCGGACGUGUUUCUGUCUGUUCAGGCCAUCGUCACCGAUCAGGACAAGGCGCUCUUCGGCCGGACUGCCGCCGCAGCAAAGGAGAAGAAGGAGUCUUCGGAUGCUGACGAAGACGAGAGCGAGGACGAGUUCCGAUUCGCCAUCUUCAUCGUCGACCCGGUCCACGAGAUCGAGUACGCCACCAUCAGCCAGCCCAUCCCCGCCAAGUGGGCUCGCUGGCUCGAAGCACCGAGUCCCUUGAACGAUGCCGCGGACUCCCCGCACAGCCGGGUGCACGAGGACAUUCGAAGCAUCGUUGAGGAGGGGGAGCUUGAUCCCCGGGAGUGGGUCGCCGGGUGGCUCAAGGAUUCGCUGACGCUCUCUGUGGGCAUUGUAGCGCAGUGGUAUGUGGCUCGCCGUAUGCAGGUGGGCGUGAAUCACGCGAGGACAAAUGCGGGAGAGAAGAAGAUUGAUGAUGACGAUGAUGAGGAUGACGAUGAAGAGGAAGAGGAGGAGUCUGAUGAGGAGUAA